UUAAGAUAUAAACAGCGGUUGGUGCCCACGCUUCCAAACAAUGGAUUCAAACUAUAAAACAGCACUUUCAAAAUGCAAUCUUUUUAUUAAGAAAAAUAUCACAAACAUUGGUGAAGUGAUGGACAAUUUACUAAAAGAUGACAGUCUGACUUGGGACGAAAGGAGUAAGAUAGGUUUAGAAAAAGACAGCGAUGAGCAAUGUCAAAUUCUCCUAGAAAUAUUGAUAAGAAGAGGUGGAAACAACUAUAAUAACUUUUUGGACGCUCUGUCUCUUUCUGGAAACAACCAUAUUGUAGAUGAAAUUGAAAAGGCCGCAAAAAAAAUUGCCAACAGUGGUAGAAAAUUCCCAUCAGCAGAAAAUCUCUUUGAAGAUAGGAAAAAGUGCAUGGAUGACGCAAAAUUACGAGUUAUUGAAUUAGAAGAAAAGUUAAAUAAUAAAAAGGAAAAGCUGUCUACAGUGCAUGACCAGCAAAUAAGAGCGCUUGAAGAUUUAAAGAAGUUGAAGGACAAGGCCAACAACCAAGGAGGAGAAAUACGAAUACUGGAAAUGAAAAAUCAAGACAUGGAAAGGGAAAUCAGUAGACUUAAGCAAACAAUUGACUAUUUACAGAAACAAAUUACUCUGAAAGAUGCCGCGUUAAAAAGAGUAGCGGAUGAAAAAAGAAAGCUGGAAGUUGAACAUACAAGGGCUAUUCAAAAUUUAGAAAGAAAACAGGACCAAACACAGAAAACGUGUGAAAAAUUAUCGGAAAAUGUUGUCGCUCUAACAAAAGCAGUCGUUUCCUUACAUGCCGAAAUAAAAACACAACAAUCAAAGGAACAGCCAAGACAGUAUCAACUAGAUAUGUCAAACGAGACACCGAGAAUUCAACAGCCAAGGCGAGAUAAACAAAAUCUUGUCAAUAAAAGCCUCAGAACAUUGCCGCAUAAAGUGUCAACUUGUAAUUUUGGCGAAGGAGCAUGGAAAAACAAAAAGUCAAACCGGUGAUAUAUUUUGAAAUAAAAUGAAAAAACAACUAAAUUCAUUAUCUGUAUGUACUGUAUAUUCGUCAGCUUUGACUUUUAUCUACAUUGUGGAUGGAACAUGUGGAAAGAUAAUCGGAAGAAAAACUGCUUUUAAUUGAUCGUUUGUUGUGAAGGGAUAUAUUUUGUUUGGAAAUCGUUAUUUAUUAUUAAAAUAAAUGAAAUAAAUUUAAUUGGAUUUUCCAAAACCUAUAAUACAAUCAAAUAUGCCAUCUAAACGUUGUCAUAAUUUAUUUUUAUGUUUAAGAUUUAAACAUCUGCUCAUUGUUUCAAAUUGUCAAAUCAUUAAUGGUAAACCCCCUGUUCAACUUUGUAGAUACAAUAAUCGAUUGCAUAUAAUUAAGCGGCACAUAAUAUUUGAUGGCUCAUUUUUAUAUUUUUGAUUUUUAGUUUUAAUUUAAACUUUUUUUGAUGAAAAUGUUUUGUAAAAUUUGAUGAAUUAGUAUUUUAGAAUUAAGAAAUGUGAACUGAUACAUCAAAUUUUAAAACAAAAUAAAAAUAUGAGUAAAAGUAGUUAGUUAUCAAAGGUACCGGGAAUAUAAUUUAGUAAAAGAUAGGUGGGUAAACGUCAAUCCUCCCAUUCUAAUUUCUAUGAGUAUAUUAUAAAAAUUAGUACUGGAAAAACACUCCUUCCUCUGUAAUUCAAGAGGCAAUAUAAGCACACGAGAUGUUUGAUGUUG